CACCACCUCUCUCUAUUCUUCACCCUUCUCUUUCUUCUUCUUCUUCUUCUUCUUCUUCAUUUUCAUUUUUCACCCAAGUACUUAUCUUUCUUCUUAGGACACACAGAGACCUCACCUGAUUCAACCUCAGCUAAGCGAAACCAACUCCUCUCUCACAUGAGGAGUAGAUAUUAGAAAGAUGGCUUGAUUCAGCUAUUUCAGCUGAAAAUUUGGUAGCUGAUGCUUAAAAGCCCUUUCUUUUUCCUUUUCUAGAGAAAGUUAGCAUCAUUUGAUCCAUCUAAGUUUCAUAAAAAGUAAGAUACAAAGCCACAAAGCAAGCAAGUUUCGACCGAGAAGUUCAACUCACUCAGUCUUCUUCUCAAUUCAAUUGGGUGUGUGAGUGAAUUAGGGUUUGAGUUAACCAAAUUUAGAUAUGAAUCCAGUUACAGCUCAUGGCCGCCCUCUUCCUCCUCCCUUUCACACAAGAGAUAUUCACCUACAGCCGCACCACCAGUUUCAACACUCUCACCAACAAAAUUCUGAUGAAGAACAAAACGGUAACGGAAGCUUAAACCGUGGCCAAAAACGAGAUCGUGAUGAAAACAACACCAACAACCACACAAACAUAAUUGAAGACAGGGAUGAACUAGCCAUGGUCUCUGGAGGAGAAGGAGAAAUCACUAGAAGACCCCGAGGCAGACCGGCCGGCUCAAAAAACAAGCCUAAGCCACCCAUCAUCAUAACCCGUGAUAGCGCAAAUGCCCUCCGAUCUCAUGUCAUGGAAAUCGCCAACGGCUGUGAUAUAAUGGAAAGUGUAUCAACAUUUGCUAGGCGAAGACAAAGAGGGAUUUGCAUUCUGAGUGGUAGCGGUACUGUAACUAAUGUAACUCUAAGACAACCGGCUGCACCCGGUGCAGUUGUGACCUUACAUGGUAGAUUCGAGAUUUUAUCACUUUCAGGAUCCUUUUUACCGCCUCCUGCACCACCGGCUGCUUCAGGACUCACUAUAUAUUUAGCCGGAGGUCAAGGCCAAGUGGUGGGGGGAAGCGUUGUCGGCCCACUUCUUGCAUCAGGUCCAGUGGUGAUUAUGGCGGCUUCUUUUGGUAAUGCGGCGUAUGAGAGGCUUCCUUUGGAAGAGGAAGAGGCACCAGUGGGGUCCAUACCGGGAAGUCAGCCCCUAGGGUCGCCGGAACUUGUACAAGAGCAGCAGCAGCAACAACCACAGCAAUUAAUGCAAGAUCCUAAUGCUUCUUUCAUUCAUGGCUUACCACCAAAUCUUCUAAAUUCUGUGCAAUUACCAGCUGAGGCCUAUUGGGGCACAGGUCGUCCUUCUUUUUAACGCAAAAACAAACUAUGCUGCUGCUGCUUCUUCUUCUUCUUCUUCUUUUCUUUUCCUUUAUCUUUGUUUGACGUCUUUAAACACCUUUCAUUCUUCUUCUUCCAUAAGUUAGUUUAUGUUUAAGAUGUUGAUCUUGGAAUUCA